AUGUCAUUUAUGGUUCUUACUAUUCUUCCUUUACCUCUGAUGUUAAUGUUCGGUUUAAUGACCAUCUGCAAUAUUCGUCAAUCAAGAGGUCGAGUUGCUAAUCAAAAUACAUCAAUGAUAACAAAUACGAUGACAGCCAAUACGAAUCAACAACGUCGAUUAACCAAACAAGAUUAUAAUCUAUUAAUUAUGCUUCUCGUACAAAUUUUUGUUCUUUUCAUAUUAUCUCUUCCGUUGGCUUUUCAGAAGUUAUACUCAGUAGUGAUGGCUGAUAGAACACUAUCUGCAUUGCAAGUUGCUAUUGACAAUUUAGUUUAUAAUCUUGCUCAAUUACUUCAUUUCUUAUCAAAUGGAAUGCCAUUUUAUAUUUAUACAUUGGCUGGUGGAAAAGUCUUUCGUAAAGCCUUAUCGAAAUUCUUCGUCAAUAUAAGACACUGGAACUUUCAUAGAUCACGAUGAUUUUAUUUUAUUCCCUUCAUGUUUACUUAAUUGACGCAUUCAAAACCGUAGAACAAAAGACUUAUGAAGAGAACUAUUGAAAAGCAUAGCAUAAAAUGAGGAAGUAUUAUGAAAAUCCCAUCGAAUCAAUAAGAGUACUGUGAAACAUUUUUGAGUACCAAUCAACAGAAUAUUUAUUAUGUAACUAUAUUUGUAAGAAGCUACGAUUCUAUUGUUGUUUGUUCGUGAUUGUAAAUCAUUUCUUGUAAUUAGACAUUCUAAAAAGAAAAUAUUAUAUGAAGAAAAUGACUACGAAUAGUGCUAGAUUUCGCUCAACGUUUAAUAGGUUUUGAAGCAAAAUACACAAUUUGAAAAUUCGUGUGUUCUGUGGAAAGAGUAUCGUCAACUAAUAUUAUUAAUGAAAAAGAUCGGUUGUAGCAAAAUGAUUACAACAUUGGUUAUUUUGUAUAUAACUUGACAAAGACAAAAUAUGGUACUAUGAUUUCUUUUUAAGAUGCACUGGUGAGUUCUCUACAAAACUAGAAAAACAAAAUCCUAUAGACUUGUUUUGACGAUGUUUUAUAAGAUCAAAAGGAAAGUUUGGAUGUGAAUGUGGGCCAUAUUUUCACGCACACCCUCAUCCAUACUUCUACGGAUCGAAAAUAUGUUAUCGAUGUAGGUCUGACAAUUUAAAGAACGACAAGGCGAAUAUAUAAUCAAUGAAUUUUGAUUCAUAAAUAACUGUCUUCAUUCUUCUUAUUUUUUGUUAUAGAGAUAGUUUACAAACUAGGUCAAGUGAAAUUAACUUUUCUUUAUCGAUUAUUUUUUUUCCUAUGUUCAAAUAAAUUAUAUUGAGCCAGUAAUUAAGAUUAUUUCAACAAGAUCUGCAAUAUAUAAAUUUUUAUAAUCAAUUUUAAAGUGAAUUACCGGAUUUAUAAUAGAUUUGAUACACGAAAAUAAAAAAUUGGCUAAUGCCUUUGCGAUAUGAUUUUUUGAUCUCGCACAUAUCAGUGAAGAAAUAAUUGAAGAAUAAUAAUUAGUUCAAUACAUCAUCAAUCAAAAUGUCUGAAAUUGAUGAAAAAUAAUAUUUGGUACUGUUCAACUGAUCGCGACAUCAAAGUGAACAUUACCCAUACUCAUAUCGAACGUAUUAUUUUUUUCAUUGAUUAAUUGAGCUCAUAUGAGAAAAGCUCUGGUUAAAAAUGAUCAAUCUUUUCUCACUCCGGAAAAAUCAUCAAAUGAAAAUACAUCAGUAGUAUAUAUAAUUACCUUGAUAUUAAUUUAUUAAGAUCUCUUCCCUUUUGUGAACAAAAAUUUUAUACAUAUUAGAAGUUACUGAACUCGCUUAAAGAAAAAAAAACAAACAACUAAGUUUUGUUAAUGGAUAAUAUUUAAACAAUAUUUUUCACGAAAAAUUACUUGUAUUCAAAAUAGAUUUAUUAUUUGUUAGUCUCAUCUUAAUUCAAGCAAGUAUUUAGCUUAAAAUUGUACUAUCUAUAGACAUAAAGGAGCUAUAUUUACAUGGAUAUUUAGAAAAUCAAUACUUAUUUUAAAUCUAUUCAAAUAUCUUUAUAACAAUCGGGCAAAUGUGAAUUUUUCAAAAUAUGAUAUAUUUUUUCGAUAAUGAAAAUAUAAUAUAAACAUAACUACAUUCUGCUUGAGUUAAUAUGAGACUAACAGAUAAUAAGUCUCGUUUGAAUACAAUGAAUUUUGUUGAAAAAGCUGUUAGCGCAAUCCCUUGCGGGAUUAAAAAUGUGAAACACGAUGGCUCUACUAUUACUAAUUGAAUGGAAAUCCUUUCGUUCAACUAUGUUGCGGUACAUUUGUAGCUAACCGU